AUGUCUACCAUAUCCGACGCAAUUACCAAGGAUCACCGUGAAAUAGAGCAAUACUACAAUGAAGUGAUUAACAAUCCGAAUGAUCACGAUCACCAAACUCGGUAUGGAAACCAGUUCGUCUGGGAGCUCGCCCGCCAUUCAGUUGGCGAGGAGCUGGUUGUCUAUCCUGCAAUGGAGAAGUAUUUAGGCCAAAAGGGCAAGGACAUGGCGGAGAGCGACCGAAAGGAACAUGCAGUGGUCAAGCAGAAGCUCAAAGUCUUUCAGAAUAUGAAGGCCACUGACCCAGACUACAUCAACAAGCUGCAGGACCUUUGGGGACCGCUCUCUGAGCACAUCAAGGAGGAGGAAGAACAGGACUUGCCCGCCUUGGAACAGCAGCUUCAGGCAAUCGAGGGAGAGUCUGAGUCAAUGGCCAAGAGCUUUGGUCGCACCAAGGCUUUUGUACCCUCACGCAGUCACCCCAGCGCUGGAGAACAUCCGCCAUUCGAGACUGCCAUGGGUAUGCUUGCUGCGCCAAUUGAUCAUCUUGCCGACUUGUUUCGGAAGUUCCUUGAUAAAACAGUAUCCCCUAAUCCUUCAACCAAAUAG